AAUCCAACUUUAUUGACACCGGAAGUGGUGGCGGUAACAUGCUGCACGUGUGUACGCAAGUGCCUGAAGGUUAAGGAGAAGCACCGGCGAGAAAUUCUGCAUCACUUGUCAGCUUCAAAAGUCACCGAGACGUCGAGUUUGUUGGAAGAAAGGUUGCCAUCACCGCCACAAAGCCAUGGAUCCCAUGAAAGCACAGCAGCUUGCGGCCGAGCUGGAGGUGGAAAUGAUGGCUGACAUGUACAACCGCAUGACCAACGCCUGCCACAGGAAGUGUGUGCCGCCGCAUUACAAAGAGGCGGAGCUGACAAAGGGCGAGAGCGUGUGCCUGGACCGCUGUGUGGCCAAGUACCUGGACCUCCACGAGAGGCUGGGCCGCAAGUUGACAGAGCUCUCGGUCCAAGAUGAGGAGAUGAUGAGGAAAGCGGCGGUGGGCAGCGGAUAAAGAAAGACAAGUUAAAGACUCGAUGAAAUAACGGCAUGGAGAAAAUGAGCUUGUGUGGUUUCUUUUAAACAUUGGAAGUGAAGGUGAUGCUGGAAAAACCUGUUGGCUACACUUGGUGUCCAAAUGAAGGACGCUUUAAACCCCAUCAGAAAAUGACCAACAUAUCUGGAUAUGGACUCAUAAUCCAGGAAGUGUUCUUCUUUGUUUCAGGGUGCUUCAAAUGUCAAGCUGGUAUUAGAAAGAAACAUAUUGUUGGUUUUGUGCAGUAACACCUCGGUUUGCAUAUGCCCCACUUUUCGUACUUUUUAGGCAGAAACUUUUCGGUUGUCAUAUCAUUGUGUCCAAGCUAAGAAUCCACAUGGUGAUAGAGUUUGUGUUUUUUUUUCUUAAUGAGCACGACUGCAAAAUAAGCCAUUAUGGGGCCAAAGAAAGUUGCGAGUGCCAGCACUCUGUUAAAGAAGGUGAGAAACACUGUUCGGAAACACUUGGAGCAAAGUACAAAGUCCUUGUGUCUCUCCACUCAUCGGCAACAAGCGUUUUCAAUAAAGGUAAAAUUUAUGUUAAGUGUA